UCAAUUGUAUUGUGAUUUCAUAUACUGUUUGACACCAAUUGUGACCACAUUUCGGAUCAAAUACACCGGUCAUCAAUGUCUGAGAUCGAGGAGUCGUUGAAGCGGAUCCAUGGGUCGCAUAAGGGAGUGAUUGGUGUGAUUGUUGUGGACUCGGAUGGAGUGGUGAUUAAGACAACGCUGAAUGAGAGCACAGAUGUGCAGCAGUCGUAUGGACUGACCAUCAGUCAGAUGGUAGAGAAGGCCAAACAGGCCCUCAGAGACAACGAUGAGCUCACUUUCCUCAAGAUUAAGACCAAACGACACGAAUUCAUUGUCGUUCCCGAUAAGGAUUAUAUGUUGAUAUCACUAAUCAAUCCGAAUGAGUCCAGCGCUUAAAUUAUUGGUUUUAUAUACACUUUACUUAAAUUAUUUCAUAUUUACGGCAAUUAUUGAUUGAGAUUCAGUUAAAUGUCAAAAUUGUAUGAUUUUAUUCAACUAAUUAUUUUUUAAUACUUUUUUUAGUAAAUAAAUUUACUAUUGUUUAAAACA